UAGUUUUUUUUUUGUUUUGCAAAUAUAAGUAAAUCUAAAACUAAAAUGCUUGAAAACUGCCAAAGGCAUCACAUGGUCCUGGGCCUGACCGCCCUCACCCUGGUGACGAUCCUAGUGCUUAUUAUCGAAUCCCGCUAUGCUGCGGAGGGCAGCCUUGCGCGUCGUCGCGGCCAACAAUUCGUCAUAGAGAACAACUCGACCUGUUGGAGACACGAAAGCUACACUGUGGUCCAGGAGUGUCAUCCGUGCUCCGAGUUCGACAUUGUCAGCCGCAGCCUGGGCGUCUGCAUCCACACACACUACAAGGAGGUGCUGCGCUGCAAGAGCGGCGAGAUUGUGACCAAGAGCUGCGACCGAGUGGCGCUCAUCGAGCAGCGGAAUUUCAUCAAAUUCGAGGCGAUGGCAUUUGUGCUGGGCGUGCUCAGCUAUUUGGUGAGCUAUGCCCGGGAUCGCAUACUCUCCAGGCGAAACUAUAUGCGCAUCGAGCGCCAGCUGAACCGGGUGCAGUAGCCGCAGAGCAGCAGCCACGCCAAGGAUACUCAACGCAUCAUUGUGUACAUACAUUUAUAUAUAUAAUAUAUAUUAAAUUAACUAUUGUAAA